GUAAAUUUCGAACCUUAUAUAGGCAGCUGUAAAAUUUUGGUAUUUUUCUUAAUCGAGGCUUUACCUGAAGGGUGAAGGCCUUUACAGCUCAGUUUUAAAAGUAAAACUCAAAAUGAUGGCGACAGUGAAACUUUUCAAACUAACAAAAUCAGUUUCGCCUUUGCCCAGGCCGAGUCUCCUGGCAAGUUCGUCAAUCGUCAGAAACAAAUACAUUUACGUGAACGACGAAGAGAAAUCAAUGGCUUGGAAGGACAUUAGCGACAGGGCGGCUGCUUCAAUGUUCAUGACUGAAAUUAUGAGGGGUCUCAUGGUAGCUUUGGGCCACGUGUUUAAAGAACCGGCAACUAUUAACUACCCAUUCGAGAAAGGUCCGCUGAGUCCAAGAUUCCGAGGAGAGCAUGCAUUGAGGAGGUACCCAUCUGGAGAAGAAAGGUGUAUCGCUUGCAAGCUGUGUGAAGCCAUUUGUCCAGCACAGGCUAUUACUAUUGAGGCGGAAGAGAGGGAAGAUGGCAGCAGAAGGACAACUCGCUAUGACAUCGACAUGACAAAGUGCAUUUACUGUGGUUUUUGCCAAGAGGCAUGUCCAGUUGAUGCUAUUGUUGAGGGUCCAAAUUUUGAAUAUUCAACGGAAACUCACGAAGAAUUGCUAUAUAAUAAAGAGAAACUUCUUAACAAUGGCGACAAAUGGGAAUCUGAGAUAGCUACCAACAUCCAUGCAGAUCACCUUUACCGAUAAUUAGCCUGUUUUAAUUUGUAGAUAUGUAAUUAAAAUUUGGGGAUUGGAUUCAUCCCUUUGAAAAUUAAAA